CCAUCCAAAGGAGCACAACAGGCUAACUAAGAUCAAACAUUGAUCAUGUCUCACAAAAUACUAUCUCAGUUUGUUUUUAUCUUUGUUCUGUUUUGUUGUAUGGACACUUCUCAUGGAAAGCUGAUUACGGAAGAAUCAGCUGGCCACAUGAAUGGUUACACGACGCUAACUAACACCAAGAAGAACUCUUAUGGCCAAGCCUUCAACGACAAACCAUUCCCUUUCAAGACUUCUGCAAACGGUACUUUAACUUCUUUCUCUUUCACCUUCUUCUUUGCCAUCGUCCGAGGACUUCCCGAUGCAUCCUCUGAUCAGUACCUCGGUAUCUUCAACGCUACAAACAACGGAGAAAGCUCUAACCAGAUCAUUGCUGUGGAGCUAGAUGUACAUAAAGAUGAUGAGUUUGGUGACAUUAAUGAUAACCAUGUUGGUAUCAACAUAAACGGCAUGAAGUCCAUCAUAUCUGCUCCUGCCGGUUACUAUGAUCAAAAGGGUGAGUUUAAAACCCUUUCUUUGAUCAGUGGCAAGCUACUUCGAAUCACGAUUCUGUACAGUCAUGAAGAGAGACGACUCAAUGUUACCUUAUCACCACCAGCUGAGACAUAUCAUCCCAAGCAGCCACUUCUUUCAUUGAACCAAGACCUGUCACCUUAUCUUAAGGAGGAUAUGUACGUUGGCUUCACAGCCUCCACUGGAUAUAUUGGAGCAAUACAUUACAUGCUGAUGUGGUAUCAAUAUACUUUAAUCAUUGUUCCACAGCUGGAUUUCGCUAUACCGAUCUUUCCUCCAUAUCCAAAGAUAGAGUCUCAUGUAAAACGGAUUGUUUUGGCAACCUCAUUGACUUUGGCUCUCUUUGUUGCCUUUGCUGCAUCAGCUUUACUUCUUUUCUUGUAUAAGAGGCAUAAAAAGGUCUUGGAGGUUCUUGAGGAAUGGGAAAUAGAAUGUGGACCUCAUAGGUUUGCUUACAGUGAACUCUUUAAAGCAACAAAUGGUUUCAAACAAAUUCUAGGUGAAGGAGGGUUUGGUAAGGUCUUUAAAGGCACACUUCCAGGUUCUGAUGCAGAGAUUGCUGUUAAACGGGUUUCUCAUGGUUCGAGUCAAGGAAUGAGAGAGUUCUUGGCUGAGGUAACAACUAUAGGUCGUCUUAGACACCCGAAUCUAGUUAGGCUUCUUGGUUACUGCAGGUACAAAGAAGAACUCUACUUAGUUUAUGACUGUAUGCCUAAUGGAAGCCUUGACAAGUACCUGUACGGAUCAGAUCAAGAACAGCUCUCUUGGACUCAACGUUUCAAGAUCAUCAAAGACGUUGCUUAUGCACUCUCCUACGUCCAUCAUGAUUGGUUACAAGUUGUGAUUCAUAGAGACAUCAAGCCUGCGAAUGUCUUACUUGACGAUAAGAUGAAUGCAAGUCUUGGAGAUUUUGGAUUGGCUAAGCUACAUGAUCGAGGGUAUGAAGCUCAGACCUCUACAGUGGCUGGAACGUUCGGGUACAUGGCACCAGAGCUCGUGAGAACAGGGAGACCAACCACGGGAACAGAUGUUUACGCCUUUGGUGUGUUUAUGCUUGAAGUUUCUUGCGGUAGAAGAAUGUUUGAGCCACGAGCUGAGUCAUAACAGGCUGUUCUUCCUGACUGGGUGGUUAACCGCUGGGAAAGAGGUGAUAUCAUAGAGGCGGCUUGUGAAAGAAUCCGAGAAGAUCAUGAUAAGGGAGAGCUAGAGCUUCUUCUGAAGCUAGGAGUGUUGUGUUCACACCAGGCUGAAGAGGUUAGGCCGGAUAUGUCUACGGUGGUUAAGAUAUUGGAAGGAGUCUCUGAGCUUCCGGAUAAUGUUCUUGAUAUUGUUAGAACCGAGAAGAAGGAAAAAUGGUACGAGAAGUUCAGCGAAGUGCUUGAUUCCACGGUGGAGUCUGUAAGUAACUUGAGGGUCACGGAACCGAUAGCUUCCUUGGAGCGGAUAAAGUUGCUUCUCUAGUUGGUGGUAUAAUACCACUGGUAUUGAUAGUAAACAAUCACAAUAUAUGAUUGGUUACCAAUGCAAUAAGCUCUUGCAAGAGCAGUAGACUAUGUAGGUUUUGUUUUUGAAUAUCAUUAGAUUGUCUUCUUUACUCUUAUCAGUUUCUUUGUGUUUUAACUUAUUUUGUGGAUGUACAAAGUUCAUUAUAAAAAGCUUAUUGUGUCUGUGAUCUUUCCUUUGUAAGUUUAUGCGCAGUUCUAUGAUUUAAUGACUUUGGUUCUGUAAAUUAUGUAUCUCUUUGUUUAUUAGUAUCUGCAGGCCUUGUGACUAGGUCAUGUCCAUCGUGUAUCUCAAGUCAUCAGUUGACUUAAACAACAACAUGAACUAAAAGAAACAAUACAUUUUCCUUAACAGAUGUCAUAAUUGUAUGUAGGGUCGACUAAUUCUAACUAUUUUGAACUAGCUCUUUGGUUUUUCCAUGAUCAAUGGAGGAUGCGAGCACCAUGAAUUUAUUAAACGUGUUUACAAAGAGCUUUCAAAGCCACAAAUGGUUUCAAACAGCUUCUAGGCAAAGGAGGUUUUGGUCAGGUCUUUAAAGGCACGCUUCAAGGCUCCGAGACAAAGAUUACUGUUAAACGCGUUUCUCACGACUCAAGUCAAGGGAUGCGUGAUUUCAUGGCUGAGAUAGCUACCAUAGGUCGUCUUAGACACCCGAACCUAGUCAGGCUUCUUGGUUACUGCAGGUACAAAGAGGAGCUCUACUUGGUUUACGACUUUAUGCCCAAUGGAAGCCUUGACAAGUAUCUCUACGCUGAAUCAGAUCAAGAAUAUAUGAAGUUCACAAGAAAAAUCUUAGUAUUUGUUUGCUCUAUCUUUCUAUGUAAAUGUGUUUUUGCUUUUUUAAAAAGAGCUUUGAGAAAAAUUAAAGAAGAUAACUUGUCUUAACCUAUUUUUGGUUUGGGUUUUGUGGAGAACCUUUGAAAAUAAUGACACCCAUACUUAGCAUAUUAAGGCUUGAAAUGGUUUAGGUUUCUUUAAGCUUUAAUUGUUUUUUUUUAACUAUAAUUGUAAACGUGUUAAACAUAACUAAACAGUGUUAAAAAGUUGCUAUAAUGUUUUUUCCAACUUUUAGAUUAAAGCAUAAAGUGUUACCAAAAAAAAAA